UAUCUUCAGACAUCCUCGUUAUGACGCGACACCAUCAUCUCCGACUCUGAAAAGAUGAAGCCCAUAUGGGGAGCUCAUUGUGAUAGUUUAUGCUGACCAGAAGCAUCCUAGGUGGCGGCACACCUUAACGCCGGUCGAUCUCCGGUCGAUCUCCGGCUUCGUCCGCGAGCCAGAUUGAUCUAUAUAAAGGAGCUGACUGCGACCAUGAGUGACGAUCAAUAGUUAUUAAAAUCAUUCAAUUCCACAAAAAUGCCUCUCUCAGACCGCAUUAUCCUCAUCACCGGCGCUUCCAAGGGCAUCGGAAAAGCCAUCGCCCAACGUCUCGCCGCCGCCGGGGCGACCAUCAUAAUCAACUAUCUCAGCGACGCCAACGGCGCCAACGAUCUCGUAAACGAGAUUGGGUCAUCCCGCGCCCUAGCCGUCCAAGCUGAUGUCUCCAAGCCCUCUGAAAUUCGUCGCUUAGUGGAUACCGCCGUGUCACGUUUUGGCCGCAUAGACACUAUAAUCCCCAAUGCGGGAAUACUACCAAUGAAAGACCUAGCCGCUACCACAGAGAGUGACUUCGACGCUGCAUUCGCGCUGAAUGUCAAGGGCCCAUACUUUCUAGCUCAGGAAGCUGUGAAACAUAUGCCUCCGGGUGGAAGGGUGGUCUUCAUCUCGUCGACCGUGGCGGCGUUCUCGGGGGUGGCGCCAGCAUACUUGCUUUAUGCGUCGACCAAGGGCGCCAUUGAGCAGAUGACAAGAUUGAUGGCGAAGGACCUGGCGAAGAAGAACAUCACAGUCAAUGCAGUCGCGCCGGGACCAACGAAAACAGAGAUGUUCAUGAAGGGAAAGUCGGAGCAGCUGAUAAAGGGAAUUGCAGCCUCAAAUCCGUUUGGUAGAAUUGCGGAGCCUGAGGAAAUGACCGGGAUCAUUGCAUUUUUGUGUGGAGGGGAAAGUGGAUGGAUGACGGGACAGGUGGUGAGAGUGAAUGGAGGGAUGCAUGUAUAAAGAAGCGUUGUGAUAUUUUGCUUGGAAGCUGUGUGGAAGUAAUCAGCAUAUACCCCUUGGGGAUCAGACAGUGGUAGGGAAAGAACCCAGAAACAGAUCCUGUAUAGAGAUGGCCAUGUGAAAUGAGGAUAUGGAACAAGUAGUGGUCGGAUAGAGGAAGUGUAGGAACUCUCCACGAUCAGGUGAUCCGGUCACGCUUCUUUCCCUAUAUCAAGGUUGCCUGUAGCCUGCUUUCAUCAUCUUCUGGUUUUAGUCUAUCACAACAGACCUGAUCUCAUUAAUCUCAUCAACUCUCAUCGAAUUCCCAUGAAAUUUCCGACCUGAGCGUGCAUAUACAUCUUCAGCGAUUAACGUGUUACAUCUAUUGAUCAGUUGUCACUCUGAAGGAGAAUCAUUGGUAUUAUACUAUCCACAGGAAGUCGAGCAUUAGUCUUCAUACCACAU